AUGGCUGCUGAAGAGCAGCAGACGGCGCCGACGACGGCCGCCGUCGAAGCCACCAGCAACGACACGACAACCACAACCACCGGCACCCAAGCCACCAUUAGGCCAUCUUCACCAGCCGAAAUCUCCUCGAGCGAUGCCUCCGUCGAGGGCUACUGGGGUGAUGCCGACGCUGGCGGCCCCGUCCGUCGUCAUUCUGCCCGCCAGGACUACAAUGACCUCCAACGAGAACUCAGCCGUCGCGCGAGCAACGCUUCCGGCACCCCCAAGACCAAGAGCCACGCGGCCGGCGACCACCACGGCGGUCUGCUCUCGGCGCUACGCAAACCCAAGCGGGAGGCCGACGUCGAGGCCGACAGCCAGGCGACAAAGCGCCAGGACGAGGACUUCCAGCUCGACGAGUUCAUGCGCCAGGGCCACCUGGAGAAGCGACACCCGGAGAGCGGCGAGUCGACGAAGAAGGUCGGUGUCGUCUUCAAGAACCUCACCGUCAAGGGCGCGGCCCUGACCGCCAUGACGGUCCGCACCCUGCCCCAGGCCAUCCUCGGCACCUUUGGCCCGGAUCUCUAUGGCCACCUGACCAAGCUCAUCCCGGCGCUCAGCUUCUCCAAGGGCGGGCCCGAGAUCCGCGACCUGAUUCACGACUUUACCGGCGUCGUCCGCCCCGGCGAGAUGAUGCUCGUGCUCGGCCGCCCCGGCGCCGGCUGCACCACCUUUCUCAAGGCCAUUGCCAACAAUCGCGGGGGCUACAUUGCCGUCGAGGGCGACGUGCGCUACGGCGGCAUCGACGCCAAGGAGAUGGACCGUCGCUACCGCGGCGAGGUUGUCUACAACCCGGAAAACGACCGCCACCUGCCCUCGCUCACCGUCGGGCAGACGCUCGACUUUUCGCUGCGCACCAAGACGAAAAAGGCCGACAGCGGCAGCAUCGGCCUCGUCGUCGACGCCUUUCUCAAAAUGUUUGCCAUUUCCCACACGAAGAACACAAACGUCGGCGACGAGUACACCCGCGGCGUGUCGGGCGGCGAGCGCAAGCGCGUGUCCAUUGCCGAGACGCUCGCGACAAAGUCGACCGUCACCUGCUGGGACAACUCGACGCGCGGGCUCGACGCCUCGACGGCGCUCAACUAUGCGCGGUCGCUGCGCGUCAUGACCGACGUCUCGGACCGCACCACGCUCACGACGCUGUACCAGGCCGGCGAGGGCAUCUACGAGCUCAUGGACAAGGUGCUCGUCAUUGACUCGGGCCGCAUGCUGUACCAGGGCCCCGCGGCCGACGCCCGCCAGUAUUUUGUCAAUCUCGGCUUCUUUGCGCCCCCGCGCCAGACCACGGCCGACUUUCUCACGUCCGUCUGCGACGUCAACGCGCGCCGCUUCCGCGACGGCUUCGAGGCCCGCUGCCCCAAGACGCCCGCCGAGCUCGAGGCCGCGUUCCUCGCGAGCGACGCCUACCAGCGCGUCCUCGCCGACGUUGCCGACUACGAGCGCCACCUCGCCGCCACGAGCCACGCCGACGCCGAGACCUUUCAGCAGUCGGUCCACGAGGCCAAGUCGCGCACCGUCCUGCAGCGCUCCAACUACACCGUCAGCUACUGGCGCCAGGUGCUCGCCUGCACCCGCCGCGAGUUCUGGCUGCUCUGGGGCGACAAGCAGACGCUCUACACAAAGUUUGCCAUCAUCAUCAGCAUGGGCCUCAUUGUCGGCUCGCUCUUUUACGACAUCCCCGACGACACCUCGGGACUCUUUUUGCGCGGCGGCGCCGCCUUCUUCUCCAUCCUCUUCCUCGGCUGGCUUCAGCUGUCGGAGCUCAUCCGCGCCAUUGCCGGCCGCGACGUCAUUGAGCGCCACAAAGAGUACGCCUUUUACCGCCCCUCGGCCGUCAACUUUGCCCGCAUCCUCGCCGACUUUCCGCUCCUGCUUGUUCAGGUCGUCGUCUUUGGCCUCAUCCUGUACUUUAUGUGCAACCUUGACCUCGACGCCGGCAAGUUCUUCAUCUACCUGCUGUACAUUUACACAACAACCAUCUGCAUCACGGCCCUGUACCGCAUGUUUGCCGCCAUCAGCCCCUCCAUUGACGAUGCUGUCCGCUUUUCCGGCAUUACUUUCAAUCUGCUUCUCAUCUUCACUGGUUAUGCCAUCAGCAAGCCCACGCUUCUAGGCAAAAAGAUUUGGUUCGGUUGGUUCUACUGGAUCAACCCCGUGUCGUAUUCCUUUGAAGGUGUCAUUUCCAACGAACUGUCUAGCCGCAACAUGCAGUGCGCCCCCAGCCAGCUUGUACCCCAAGGUCCCGGCAUCAUGCCCGAGAACCAGGGUUGUGCUGUUCCCGGCUCAGCCGCUGGGGCCACCACGGUCAACGGUGCCGACUACCUCAACGCCAACUACGACUACCACCGCUCCAACCUCUGGCGCAACUGGGCCGUCCUGAUUGCAUUUUCUGUUCUGUACAUUCUCGUCACUGUCCUGGCCACUGAGACUCUGUCCUUUGCCACUUCUGGUAUGGGCAUCCUCAUCUUCAAAAAGUCCAAGGCCGGUGCCGCUGCCGCAAAGAGCACCAAGGCCGCCGACGAAGAGUCUGGUAAGAAGGAAACCCAAGGCAGUGACACACUCCAGCGCCAAGUCACCACCCCCGACGAGAUUCUGCAAGAGUUUCAGCGCAGCGAAAAGAUUUUCACUUGGGAAAAUGUCAACUACACCGUCCCCAGCGCCGAUGGUCCCAAGAAGCUGCUCAACAACGUGCAAGGUUACGCCAAGCCCGGCGUCAUGGUGGCCCUCAUGGGUGCGUCCGGCGCCGGCAAGACCACGCUCCUCAACACGCUCUCCCAGCGCCAGACCGUCGGCGUCGUGGAAGGCAGCAUGCUCGUCGACGGCACCGCCCUGCCCACCGACUUUCAGCGCGGCACCGGCUUCGUCGAGCAGAUGGACCUGCACGAAGAGUCCACCACGGUCCGCGAGGCGCUCGAGUUCUCCGCGCUCCUCCGCCAGAGCCGGGACACGCCGCGCGAGGACAAGAUUGCCUACGUCGACAAGAUUAUCGACCUGCUCGAGAUGCAGCCCAUCGAGGACGCCAUUGUCUUCUCCCUCGGCGUCGAGCAGAAGAAGCGGCUGACCAUUGGCGUCGAGCUCGCCGCCAAGCCGUCGCUGCUGCUCUUCCUCGACGAGCCCACGUCCGGGCUCGACUCCCAGUCGGCCUUUUCCAUUAUCCGCUUCCUGCGCAAGCUCUGCGCCGCGGGCCAGGCCAUCAUCUGCACCAUCCACCAGCCCUCGUCGGAGCUCAUUGAGCAGUUUGACCAGAUUCUGGCGCUCAACCCCGGCGGCAACGUCUUUUACUUUGGCCCCGUCGGCGAAAACGGCAGCGCCGUCGUCGACUACUUUGCCACCCGCGGCUCCCAGUGUCCCGAGGGCAAGAACGUGGCCGAGUUUCUGAUUGAGCAGGGCGCCAAGCCCGCCGACCGCCAGUUCUGGAACGAGCAGUGGCUCCAGUCGGACGAGAAUAAGACGCUGACCGAGGAGAUUCAGCGCAUCAAGCGCGACCGCGGCGCGGCGGCGGCUCAGCUGCGGCACGAGGAUGGUGGCGCGGCCAGGGAGGAUGAGUUUGCCGCCUCGGCAUACGAGCAGACGAUGCUCCUCACCAAGCGCAUGUUUAUCAAGCAGUGGCGCCAGCCCUCGUACGUCUACGGCAAGUUCUUUGUCGCCGUUCUCAUUGGCAUCUUCAACGGCUUCACGUUUUGGCAGCUCGGCAACACGGUCCAGGACAUGCAGAGCCGCAUGUUCACGUCCUUUCUCGUCCUCCUCUUCCUGCCCGCCACCAUGAACGCCGUCCUGCCCAAGUUCUUCAUGGACCGCGCCCUCUGGGAGGCCCGCGAGUACCCUUCCCGCAUCUACGGCUGGGUCGCCUUUUGCUCCGCGUCCAUCCUCUCCGAGAUUCCCAGCGCCGUCAUCUCGGCCGUGCUGUACUGGGUGCUCUGGUACUUUGCCACCGGCCUGCCCACCGAAAGCAGCACCUCGGGCUUCGUCUUCUUCAUGACGCUCCUCUUCUUCCUGUUCCAGACCAGCUGGGCGCAGUGGAUCUGCGCCUUUGCGCCGUCCUUUACCGUCAUCAGCAACGUCCUGCCCUUCUUCCUCGUCAUGUUCUCCGUCUUCAACGGCGUCUUUGUGCCCUACCAGCAGCUCGCCGUCUUUUGGCGCUACUGGAUGUACUAUGUCAACCCGUCCACGUACUAUGUCGGCGGCGUGCUCUCGAGCACCCUCGCCCACCAAGAGGUCCGCUGCGCCGACAGCGAGGCCGCCCACUUUCGGCCGCCCUCUGGCCAGACCUGCGCCGAGUUUGCCAACGACUUCAUCGCCGAGGCCGGCCGGGGCUACCUGAUCGACCCGAAUGCUACCGACAUGUGCGGCUACUGUCCCUAUGCCGACGGUACCCAGUACUUGGCUUCGCUUCACAUUGAGCCCAGUCAGAAAUGGCGUGACUUUGGCAUCUUCUUGGCCUUUUGCAUUAGCAACUGGGCUCUGGUUUACUUCUUCAUUUACACGGUCCGCGUUCGUCGCUGGUCUUUUGGACUCAACUACUUGUUCAAAUGGUUUUGA